GGAUGUCAACCGCCGUUAAACUCCAUCGAAGAAGAAGACACUUUCCCUUCAUCGGAUCAUUGUUUAAAUCACAAGGAGAGUUACAGAGUAUGAACCCAUGGACGUACAGGUACCUCCAGCGCUCCCUCCUGCCUCACGUUCGGCCCCUGUCCCUGGUGAUCUACCCCAGGCCCCCUUGUAUCCACCCCAGGCUUCUGAACUUGCCCCAGUGGGGUGAAGACCAGAAGAGGGUGAUGUCCUUCCUGCCUCUCUCUCUCUCUCCCUUAAAUGCAGCUGGUGAUUCCAGAGAGCCGGCGGGCAUCUCUCAACAAGAAGCAGCAGUGGAUUGACCGGAUGCUGUUUACCAGGAGCCUCCUACAGAGCUCACAGUUCAUCACUGUCCCUGGUGGGGUGAAGACCAGAAGAGGGUGAUGUCCUUCCUGUCUCAGAAUGUGCUGGGUGAAGAAGUUCAGUGAUGUUCCACAGUGCCAGAAGUUCUUCCUGGAGGAGACAACUCCAAAUCUCCCAGGUAUUUUGGUUGGUGGGAAAGUCCAGGACCAGAACCGCUACAAGCCGAUCUGCCAGUUGUUCAACAACAUCUACAGGUUUGCAACUCUCUACGACACGACCAACAGGAUCCCUGUGUUCUCAGCCUACACCUUCACUGGUCCUCCUACAGACCCCAGACCAAAUCAACCCUGGAUGAUAGAGCCCCAGCUCAACGGGGUAAACAACAGCCCUGAAAUGAAGAUGAUGGGAGAACACUAUCAACACCAGGCUGGGAACUACGACUAUAGUAACUCAAUACAAAAUAAAGGGGUGAACAGAGGUCACCUCUUCCCAAAUUCACAUGCUCAUGACCUUGAUACUCAGAAGUCCACCUUUACCCUGACCAACAUCGUUCCCCAGGUGGUGUCCUUCAACGAUGGCAGCUGGAAGGAAAUGGAGAGAAAUGUCAGAGAAAAGCUGAUGACGGACUGUUUUAGUAACAACAGGAAGAUAAAGGCCUAUGUGGUGACUGGAGCGGUGCCCAGUAAGAGCAACACAAUGAAGAACGCAUUGAACAACACACUGAAGAACGCACUGAACGACCGAGUGAACAUCCCAGAUCUCAUGUGGACAGCCUACUGCUGUUUGAACAAGAAGAAAAAGUGGAUGGCCGAAGCACACUGGGGGUGGAACAAGAAGGUAAAGAGGAAAACAUUGAAACCAGAAACCUUGGGAGCACUCGAAAAGAUGUUGAACCAAUUUCACCAUGGUGGUCGUGUCCAGGUGUUCCCCAAGGAUUGUCCAAGAGGUCCUAAACCGACCAUUACCUCUAACCCACCCAGUUGGAAGAAUUCUCUUCAAAUCAUUUCUUCCACAGUCAGGAAUCUUUACAAUUCCAUGAUGAAUAGAAUUGGAUGAUCAAGGUACAGAUGCUCAGACUAUAUCAACAAACUAUCAACUAAACUCUGUUGAAAUGAUGUUGAUAUGCAACCACUUGUUACGGUUAGAGUAAUGAUUAUAGUGGUUAUAGGGGGUAAUACGGGUAAUAGGGGUUAUAAGGGUUAUAGUGGUAAUAAGGGUUAUAGUGGUAAUAAGGGUUAUAGGGGUUAUAGUGGUAAUAAGGGUUAUAGUGGUUAUAGUGGUAAUAAGGGUUAUAAGGGUUAUAAGGGUUAUAGGGGUAAUAAGGGUUAUAGUGGUAAUAAGGGUUAUAGUGGUAAUAAGGGUUAUAGUGGUAAUAAGGGUUAUGGUGGUAAUGCGGGUUAUAGGGGUAAUAAGGGUUAUAGGGGUAAUAAGGGUUAUAGUGGUUAUAAGGGUUAUAGUGGUUAUAAGGGUUAUAGUGGUUAUAGUGGUUAUAGGGGGUUAUAAGGGUUAUAGGGGUAAUAAGGGUUAUAGGGGUAAUAAGGGUUAUAGUGGUAAUAAGGGUAAUAGGGGUUAUAAGGGUUAUAGUGGUAAUAAGGGUUAUAGGGGGUAAUAAGGGUUAUAGUGGUUAUAAGGGUUAUAGUGGUUAUAAGGGUUAUAGUGGUUAUAGUGGUUAUAAGGGUUAUAGUGGUUAUAGUGGUUAUAGGGGGUUAUAAGGGUUAUAGUGGUAAUAAGGGUUAUAGGGGUAAUAAGGGUUAUAGUGGUAAUAAGGGUAAUAGGGGUAAUAAGGGUUAUAGUGGUAAUAAGGGUUAUAGGGGGUAAUAAGGGUUAUAGUGGUAAUAAGGGUUAUAGGGGUAAUAAGGGUUAUAGUGGUAAUA